AUGACGUUCCAGGAACUCGCUCUUCUCUUAAAAGUCACAUUCAUCACUACACAUUGGACUACUGCUUUCAGACUCGAGUCGUCUGACGUCCAGUUACCUCAGGGACUGGUUCGAGGUCGGCUGAUACAGACUACAAGCAACGGACGAUUCUACGGUUUCAUGGGAAUACCUUACGCCACUCCUCCGAUCGGUCCUCUUCGAUUUAAGACUCCAGUUCGACAUCCAGGCUGGAGUGACACUUUGAAUGCUACGGAAUACAGGUCAAGCUGCCCACAAGUGGAUCCAAGAGGAAUGCAAGUUGGUGCAGAAGACUGUCUCUUUAUAAACGUCUUUACACCAAGACUUCCGCGACAGGAGUUCGGGGGUCCGUCCACAAAAUACCCUGUUAUGACUUUCAUCCAUGGAGGAAGUUUCGAAAGCGGUUCCAGUAGUCUGUACGGGCCAGCGAAGUUAGUUAACAAGGAUGUAGUAGUGGUCACCUUUAAUUAUCGUCUGGGAAUUCUUGUGUCACCAGGGUUAUUUCACCGAGUGAUAGCGGAAAGCGGAUCUGCAUUGUGUAAUUGUUCUCUAGAACGCGACCCCCUCACGUAUGCCCGUCAGGUGGCGCAACGUUUGAACUGUCCAACUGAAAAUACUUACGAGUUGGUAGAGUGUCUUGGUAGGAAACCUAUAGGCGAGAUACUGCAAUCACAGACGGAAGGCAAGAGAUUUGGAAACUUUCCAAUCCGAGCAGUUCCCGUUAUUGACAGGCAAGGAACAGCCAAUCCUUUGAUUCCAGAUGAACCACUUCAUCUUCUACAAAGAGGAAAAUUCUUAAAAGUUCCUUUACUGACUGGCGUCAACAAAGACGAAGGAGCUUUCUUAUCCCCAUCCGUGGCGCAUGGAGACGAACUUUUCUACUUAUUCGACUUGCAAAUAGAGAAUCUUCGACCUCUAUCACGGCUGGAUAAUUUGACAAGUACCCGGAUGUUAACACUGUGGACAGAUUUUGCCAAAUAUGGAGAAAUGCCAGAUUUCGUGAAUUUCCAGUUCCCUGCAAAAUGGCCCCGUCUACAUACAGACAAUCUCACUUAUUAUCGCAUUGACCGAGACUUCAGAAUUGCCCAAGAUUAUCGUCAAACGGAAUCUAAUUUGUGGUUAAGACAUCUACCUUCACUCGCAGGAAUUCGCACUUUUCCUCCAACAACAAGUCUUCUUAUGGAAGAAAUAGUGGAGCCCAUGUACCGAACUUUGGCUUGGACCAUGGUGGCUGUGACCUUAGCGCUCUUUAUUCUAGCAAUCAUUCUCCUAGUUCUUUUAUGCAACCAAAGAAAAAGCCAAAGGUUUAAAGCCAGUCCAGAAUUAGGCCAUUCCAGAAUAUCAGAGUCCACGCUGUACUGA